AUGAGCGUUGUUAGUAGCGCCAGAUCCUGGAGAACUGGCCAUUUAUUUUCAUAUCCAGUGUCGUUUUCCCCACCGUUUGCUGGAGGCAAAAUUGGACAGAGUACUGUUGGGCCGGACUUUAUUUCAAUCAAAAAGGGCGUGGUAACGAGAUUGAUGGGUCAUUGUCUCCAGAAGAUGGCGGCACAUUGUCCUUGUCCUACUGCGGCUUGGCCCAACUGA